AUCAAAUUGAAUCACAAUCAACUGGUAGUUCAAUCAAAUUGUAAUGUUCAUUUCAUUAUAAUUUAAUACUAGUGUUUAAAGUUAAUCAAAGAUGAACAAUUUAAUUAUAUCAUUUGUUUUAAUCGGUUGUUUCAAUUGCAUAGCCCAUGGUUACAAUGUACCCAUCGGGUUAGGAGCAAGUACUCAACAGCAACAAUUUACUAAUAGUUAUGGACAAUCAUCGAUGGGUAUUGGCGGACAAUCAAGUAAACAGUAUCAAUCGAACUCAAUGGACAUCGGAUCGAGCGGCGAAAAAGUUGUUUCCUCACAAUCGGUAUCAUCUUCGUCGGGUGGAAUGGGUCAACUUUCUCAAUCAACUUCAUCGGUCGGUGGUUUAGGUGGAUCAGCAUCUCAAACGGUCUCAUCUUCAAUGAGCGUUCCAGCCUCGAGUUCACUUUCAUACUCGAGUGUUUCGGGACCUUCAAUGAUUCCAAAUGGUCUUAACAACCAAGCCUCAUAUACUUCCUAUCAAUCAGGUUUAGAUUCAGGACUUACUUCCGGUGUAAGAUCAACCUCAUCUUCAGUAUCUGUACCUGAUUCCAGUCCAAUGGGUGGUUUAACUUCAACUACAACAACAAUAGCAUCUUCUUCAUCACCAUCACUCCCAACCUCCGGUACUUCAUCAAUGGUCAUCUCUGAUUCAUUAACUGGUAAUGUCGAUGAUAAUAUUGACGACGAUGAUGAUGUUAAUAGUGAUAAUCGAUUCCGAGGCUCAUCAUCAACAAUCUACAGACCCCGAGGACCUUUUGGAUCUCGAUGUGAAGACAAUGAAGGUGUUAUCAUCUAUAUCAAACCCGAAAGUAGAUGGGGACGAAUUGGCCGCCGAUCAUUUGCUCGAGCUGCUACUACUUCUAUUAGACACCGAAGACGAUUCGGUUCAACUGGUUCCAUGAGCGACGAUUAUGAUGAUGAUGAUGUUAAUGAUGAAUUCAACGAUAACGACGAUAAUGAUAGUUACGAUUAUAACAAUCGAGACCAAAGAGAUCGAAUGGAAAGAAGAGACAUUCGAACCGGAUUAAGAGUUCACCGUCGAGGAUCAAUUGAUAAAUCAAUUUCUCUAAUGACUGACAAGAAUUCUGUCAAUCAACGUUCUGACGAUUUAACCGUUCGAAAUGAAGAUUACCGAAACAACCAUAAAUCGUCAACAUUUUCCCGAUCAAACCUCUACGAUACCAAUGAAAGUAAUCAACAAUUUGAUAAAUCAGCAACAAUCGAGGUAAACAAACGAGUAAAUGUAAACAAUGAAGCUAAUUAUCAAAACAAUCGACGGGUCUCUCGAAGUAGCAAUGUAAACAAUCAAAAUUCAAACCUCGAGUCAAAUGUUAAUUAUUCAUCAGAUGUUUCCGAUCUCAAUUCAGUGAAUCAAAUUAAUCGAGUUAAUCGAAUCAACCGAAUCAACCGAAUCAAUCGAGUCAAUCGUAUCAACCGAGUGAACAAUAUCAACUCAGUUAAUGAACAGUAUGAUGUUAAUGAUGUUAAUUCAAUUAACAAUAUGGUUAAUGAUGAGCAAAGAUACAACAAUGUAAGAAGACAAUCAGCCACAAGUAAUCAUCAAAUCCAUCGAAAUGUUAAUUCAAUGAACAAUCAAGUUGAUAUUAAUAAGUCUCGAUCAUCAACUAAUUAUCAAACAUCAAACAAUAUUAAUUCAGUUAACAAUCAAUAUGAUACUCGAUCAUCAACACUUAAUAACAAUCAAAUUAACAGUAACAACAUUGCCAAUCAAUAUGAAACCUCCCGAUCAUCAAAUAUUCAACAAUCAGCCAACAAUCAGUUUAACCAUCGAUCAACAGCCAACACUAACAACAAUUAUAUCAACAAUCAAUUGGAUCAUCGAUCAACUAAUAUUCAAUCAAAUUCUAACUCUUUGAAUAAUAUUAACAAUUCUUACGAUAAUUCAGUCUCUCGAAAUGUUCAACAAACUUCAUCAACCAACGUUGCCAAUUCAGCGAUUAACAAUAACAGUGUCAGUCGAUCAUCAAACGUCCAACAAUCAGUUAAUUCCCUUGAUUCAACCUACAAUCAAGAUCAUAGAUCAGUAAACAAUAAUGUAAACAUAAAUAAUCAACAAUCAGCUUUAAUCAAUUCGCAAACUUCUUUGAAAAAUACUAAUCAAUUUGAUGUGAAUCGAUCAACUUCAACCGCAGCAAUUUCCAGUAAUUCAGUUAACAAUCAAAACUUAAUCAACUCACAAGUUAGUCGAUCAUCAACUGUUAACAGUAACAAUAAUGCCGUUUAUGAUUCUCGAAACUCUCAAUCAAAUUCAUUAAUCAACAAUGAAUCAAACAUUAACCGAUUAUCGGUUGACCAAAAUACCCAACAGAAUUCAAUUAACUCAGUUAACAACUUGAACCGACAAUCAAGCACCAGCUCAUUGAAUGCUUACAAUUCAGCCAAUGUCGCCCGAUCAUCAACCGAUGUUUCAUCCUUAUCCUCAGUAAAUAACGUAGCUAAUUCCGAUUACAAUUCAAAUUCAAUCAGUCGAUCAGCUAAUAUCAAUUCAAACUCUCAGCAAACUUCCCUUAAUUCAGUCAACAAUUUGAACCGACAAUCAAACCUAAACUCAAUGAAUGCUUACAAUUCAGCCAAUGCCGUCCGAUCAUCAACCGAUGUUUCAUCCUUAUCCUCAGUAAACAACGUAGCCAAUUCCGAUUAUAACUCCAACUCAGUUAGUCGAUCAGCCGAUAUCAACUCAAAUAUCCAACAAAGUUCAGUUAACAAUUUAAACCGACAAUCAAGUACCAGUGCAUUGAAUAGUUUCAACUCCAACAUCGCCCGAUCAUCAAACGAUGUCUCAUCCCGAUCAUCAGUCAAUAAUAUCGCCAAUUCUGAUUAUAAUUCAAACUCAAUCAGUCAAUCAGCUAAUAUCAAUUCCAACACUCAACAAAGUUCAGUUAACUCAGUCAAUAGUUUGAACCGACAAUCAAACGUAAACUCAAUGAAUGCUUACAAUUCAGCCAAUGCCGUCCGAUCAUCAACCGAUGUUUCAUCAUUAUCAUCAGUAAACAAUGUAGCUAAUUCCGAUUACAAUUCAAAUUCAAUAAGAUCAUCAAAUGUUAAUUCAAAUUCUGUUAACAAUGCUUACAGUUCAAAAAAUGUUCUCAAUCGAUCAUCAAAUGAUAUUAGAAGUUCAGUAAACAAUCAGGUAUCUUCUUCCUCAACCAGUAACAACAAUCUAAUUAACUCAUCAAAGUCUUUCAACAGUCAACAACAAUCAACUAAUUUACAAAAUUCAGCCAACUCUGAUUACUCUUCAAGUAAUAUUAAUCGAUUGUCUUCAACUUCACAAUCAGCAUCAGAUUUGCGAAAUUCUAAUUCAGCCUUUUUAUCCUCCAACAAUCAAAAGUCAAUCUAUGAUUCUAGUCAAUCAUCAUCAGCUAAAUCAACCUAUGGUUCAUCAACUAAUUCUGGUUCAUUUAAUCAGAUGAGCUCAAGCUCAGCCAAUAAUGGACUUGGUUCAUCUACCACUUCAAGUGUCUCAUCAAGUUCAGGAGGUGGACUCAUCGGUGGUGUUUUAAACACGGCUACAAACCUCUUAGGAGCUGGUGGUAGUUCAGGAUCAUCUAACGGUGGACUAAUUGGAGGUGUAUUGAACACUGCAACUGGUCUCCUUGGCGGUGGAUCAAGUUCUGGAUCAGGUUCAUCUUCUAGUUCCAUGUCAUCUCAAUCAUCAGGAUCAGGAUCAGGAUCAAGCUCAGGAUCAUCAUCAUCAUCUGGAGGUCUUCUUGGAAGUCUAUUAGGUGGUGGAUCAUCUAGUGGAUCCUCAGGCGGUGGACUUCUUGGUCUCGGUGGAUCAAGUUCAGGCUCAAGUUCGUCCUCGGUCAGUGCAAGCGGAUCAUCAAGCGGAGGUCUCCUUGGAGGUCUUCUCGGUUAGAAAACGAUAGAGAGAGCAGAGGAAACAAAUGAUAAUCUCCAACCAAUGACUCGGAAAACAAAUGGACAAAUGAUACAAAAAGUUAAUACAAUGGACAUCCAGAAAUCACAGAAUCCAAAUUAAUCUCUAAUCAAAAAUAUAACUGCUAUAAACUGUAAUCAGACCAUUUCCAAUGAAAACAAUUAAAUUAUCAAUCAGAUAAAAA